AUGUUCGGCUCAAGAAAGGGCCCCGCUGCAAAAAGUCUUUCAGACAAGCGAAGCCAGUGCCUGCAGAGAGUCUUACCCUUUUUGGUGGCUUCGGGGUGCCGUUUGCGCCAAAGAACUUGGCAGUCUUGGCACUUGCAUCAUUGGAUGGCGGAAUUCAAGCUUGCGGUUGAUGAGAACAACAAGGCCACAGAGUUGCCACUGCUGCGAAUAUGUGGCACGGUAAGAGAGAACCCACACAUGCGCGCGUUUUGGGGUUCCACAUUCUCCUUCUUCCUUGCCUUUUUGGGUUGGUUUGCUUUGGCACCUUUGGGCCUUGAGGUGGCCACCAGCAUGGGGAGGUGUGAGAACCAGCUUUAUCCGACAGAGAGCAACCCUAAGCGAGUGGCUUACCUGAAGUACAAAAAUAUCUCGACGUCAGAACCAUAUUGCCAAUAUGGGCAGCUUAAGGAUGAUGGCACGCCCACAGACUGUGCGGACGUACCAAGCGAGAUUGCCAACAAUGCUACUGCAACUGCAGAGGAGAAACUCAAAUACCGACCGAAGGUGCUGGCAAAGUGCGUUUGCACCACUGGAACUCAAUGCAAUGGCAUCAUUGCCAAUGCAGGAGUGGCAGCUGUGGGUUCAACCAUUUUUGUUCGCAUUGCUCUCGGCACGCUUCUGGAGAGAUUUGGCCCUGUCAAUGUGCAGUCAGGUUUGUUGACCUUUGGAGCCAUUUGGGUUGCCCUAGCUGCAACAAUUCAGGAACCGUGGCAGUACACCGCGAUCCGUUUCUUCAUUGGCUGUGCAGGAGCGACUUUCGUAGGGAACCAGUUCUGGUGCUCUCUGAUGUUUUCGCCCAACGUGGUGGGCACUGCCAAUGCGACCGCAGCUGGUUGGGGCAACUUGGGCGGGGGUGUGACGCAGAUCUUCAUGAUUUCUGUGCUCUUCAACCCCUUGGUGAGCAGUGGCAUGGCGUCAGAUACAGCCUGGCGAGUGUCCAUGCUCAUUCCCGCUGUCCUUUUCGUUGUAUGUGCAGCAGCAAUAAAGCUGUUGUGUUGGGACACGCCGACCGCUAAACGCUUCAAUGUGGCUCUAAUUGGCAAGACCAAGAAACCGUCCAUGUGGGAUUAUGUCGAAGUGCUAAAAGAUGUCCGCGUGGUCGUGAUGAUUUUCCAAUAUUCCGCAUGUUUUGGCACAGAACUCGCUAUGAACAAUCAAUUAGCGACGCACUUCAGGACUUAUUUUCAGCUACCUGCAACGGAUGCCUUUGCGUUGGCUGGAGCUUUCGGGCUCAUGAACCUUUUUGCAAGAUCUUUAGGAGGCAUUACCAGUGAUGUCCUCUUUAAAUACGUGGGAUUCCGUGGCCGUAUUUGGGCGCAAUUCUUGGCCCUUUUCUUUGAAGCCAUUUUUCUCUUUGGAUUUGGCUUGGUGGACAACUCACAACCCUGGUAUGUUGCGCUCGCCGUGCUUGUUUGUUUCUCUUUGUUUGUGCAGAUGGCAGAAGGGACAAGUUACGGCAUUGUGCCCUUCAUGAAUCAACAGCAACUUGCAGUUGUGUCUGCGCUUGUUGGAGCUGGGGUAAACUUGGGAGCCGUGAUUGCGGGUUUUUGCUUCUACCGGCCCAUCAAUGAUCCAUUGAUUCCCUUCCAAGUGCAUGCAGGCUAUGUCAUGUUUUGGGCGUUGCUGACCCCAUUCUACUAUUGGAAGGAACAUGGUGGCAUGUUCCAUGGCCCGGCUGUGACAGAGGAAAAGGUUGUGGCUUCUGAACCAGGGACUGCAGAGGCUGCCGAUGCGAAUGACAUUUGGCCCAAUAUUCCAGUGGCUUUGGGCAAUGAUCGAGAAAAUUAUGAUUCUGUCAUCGCUGGAGAAGCAGUGCUUUCUUCAACCAAAGGUUCUCAUCACUCCAAAAGUCCUGGCCAAGCCCGAAGUAUUGUCAGCAAUGCCUUUUGCGGCCCUUUACAUUUGUUUUCUUGUUUACAUGGUUGCUCUCGUUCUCUCCCAGUGUAGCUGCCAGUGGCCGUGCGGAUCUCUUCCAUAGUGCCAAUUCCCAAGGAAUGGGCACAAAGAAUAGCUGAGAGCAGCACCUUGCGGCCCUUGCAUGGAGUGCAGGACUAGCGGAUUGUGUUGUUUUUCCUCUUCUCUUUGCCAAUCACGGAAAAAA